UAGGCAACCAGGUUGAAAUUUGUAUAAUAAUUCUAAUCACAGAUUUGCUCCAUAAAUUAUAAACAUAUUUCUCGUUUUAGGUUCAGGGAAAUGAGAUUAAAAGACUUUUCUGCGCUUUGUUUUGACAUGGACUUCACUCUUGUGAACUAUUCUCUGAACAAAUUCCUACCGAUGGUGUACGAUGUCACAGCCCAGUUUUUGGUUGAGAAAAAAGGGUAUCCAAAGACUCUCAAACAUCGGGAUGAGUCUGAUCUGAAGCUGAUUCGCCAGGGACUUAUAUUGGAUAAAACAACACAUCAUUUCCUGGAUAUAUCAUCUACUGGUGAAGUCAUUUCAGCUUUUGACGGAAACAACUUUCUUAGCCACAAGAAGAUAUUGGAGCUCUAUCCAGACAGAAGGUGGUCAUAUUUUGACACGUUUUACAAAGGGUUUGAAUGUGAUGUAGCUACUGUAUCACAUGAUGAGCUACCUUACUUCUUUUACGACUCUGCGUUUGUAUCUCCGGUUAUUCCAGUUAUGGCCAAACACAUGAAGUCUCUUAGCCGCUGUGAAUCUGAUUUCAGUGAAAAAUGCAAAACUUUAUACAAAGAUACGUUGGAAUCUUUUAACUUUAAUUUCCAUCCAGAUAACUUUAAGAGAAAUACAGGCUUCUUUUUCCCAGAAAUGAUGAAAAAUACCGAUUUGUACAUUGACAAAGCCUCCCCAAAAUUCAAGAACCGACUUAAAGAACUAAAAGAUAAUGGUGUAAAACUUGUACUGGUAACAGCAUCACAUGUUGAUUAUACUGAGCUCCUCAUGAAUUAUUCAUAUGGUUCCAAUUGGAGGGAGUAUUUUGAUAUUGUCUGUUGUCGAGCCCGCAAGCCAGGUUUCUUUACAUCAAGUCCAGUUUCUCGUCCAUUCUAUCGAUGGAACUUUAAAAACGACUCCAUAGGCAAUGAAACAAUGCCAGAGUUAAACUGUAAGGAUAUAUUUUUUGAAGGACAUUGGACAUGUGUGGACAAGUGGAUCAAGUGUAACGCAACAAGACCAGGACGUGUCGCGUAUGUUGGAGAUUCUUUUAAAUCAGAUAUCAUUCCCACAAAACUGUUUACUUCUUGGGACCAAAUGGCAAUUGUUUGGGAGGGUCAGAAAUAUUUGAGAGAAAAAUCUAGUGAAAAGCUUGAUCACGUGAAUAAAAAGGUCCACCUUGAAGAAAAUGAGGAAUGGGGAAGUUUCUUUGGAAGUGAGAAACAAUUUACUAUGACUGCUGGUAAAUUGAUGGCUCAUUCUGAUAUUGUCUUUAGUAAUGUUGAAAGUCUUGCUUCAUUAGAAAUGGAUGAAAAUUUUGAAUCCGGUUGUUUUUACGAUUUUGAUCCCUAUGAAUAAACAGAAAACAUUAUUCGUUUAAGAUUCAUCAAUAUUAUCACUAAAUCAUUUCUGAUAUACUGUAUUUAUUAUUAUUUAGCUUUUUAGGCUUGAUAAGCAUGUAUAGUUUAAAUAAUUUUUAUAUAGAUUGCAAUUUUUAUAAUUAUAUAUUGGGGGUUUGUAUUCAAAAUGCAGUAUCUACUUGAAAAGAUUGCUUGUUUAUUUUUUAUGUUAAUACGAUAUUAUUUAAAGUAAAUAGCAUGUUAUCAGACAAUGUUAUAUCGUCAUUAACUCACCAU